AUGUGUCAUCCUAGCCAGAUGAUCCAUGGGAUUUUUCCUUCUCUUUUAGAGGAAUCUAUAUAUUGCUACACCCCACACAACUUCACACGCGACCAGGCCCUGUAUGCCAGAGGCUACUGCUGGACAGAGCUUCGAGAUGCAGUGCCUGGUGUCGACCCCCAGCUUUGGCCCUCCUUGUUUGAGCACAAGUUUCUGCCCUACGCUCUGCUGGCCUUCACAGGCAUCAUGUACAUACCUGCCCUGGGAUGGGAGUUCCUGGCCUCCACUCGGCUCACCUCUGAGCUCAACUUCCUCCUUCAAGAGAUCGACAACUGCUACCACAGGGCAGCCGAGUGCAGAGCGCCCAAGAUUGAGAAACAGAUCCAGUCCAAGGGGCCGGGGAUUACGGAACGUGAGCGACGGGAGAUCAUCGAGAACGCAGAGAAGGAGAAGAGCCCCGAGCAGAACCUGUUUGAGAAGUAUCUUGAGUGCCGCGGGCAGAGUAACUUUCUGGCUAAGCUGUACCUGGCGCGACAUUUAGCCAUCAUCUGCCUCAGCUCAAUACCCAUAACGUACCUGAGCACCUACUACGCCCGUCAGAGGCAGAACGAGUUCACUUGCGUGCUUGGCGAGCCACCGGACACUAGCAGCAUCCCUGAACUGCGGCUAAAUGUUAACUGCAAGCUAUCAGCCGUGCAGCUCCAACGCAUUAUGGCCGCAGUGGACAUCGCUUUGCUGUGUACUAUGAACCUCAUUAUCCUUGUGAACUUGCUGCAUUUAUUUGUAGUGCGCAAGUCAAAUUUCGUCUUCGACAAGCUGCACAAGGUUGGCAUUAAAACACGCCGCCGCUGGCAGAAGUCACAGUUUUGCGACAUCAACAUUCUGGCCAUGUUCUGUAAUGAGAACAGAGACCACAUUAAGUCUCUCAACAGACUGGACUUUAUCACCAACGAGAGUGACCUCAUGUAUGAUAAUGUGGUGCGGCAGCUGCUGGCAGCGUUGGCUCAAUCCAACCACGACGCCACUCCAACUGUGAGAGACUCUGGGAUCCAGACUGUUGACCCCAGUAUGGACCCUUCAGUGCUCGGUGUGGGAGAAUUGGGAGGAGAGCCCUCAGUAAUCAAAAGACCGCGCAAGAAGAUCAAGUGGAUCCCCACAUCUAACCCUCUGCCACAGUCUUUUAAGGAACCCUUGACUCUAACCAGACUGGAAAACAGCAUAAAAGCAGAGAAACCUAAACCAGUCCGAAGGAAGUAUGUAGCAGAUAGCAUUAUUGCUCCACUUCUGGACAGCAAGAGCACACAACAUCCUCCUACUAACAAAGCUGCAGAAACAAAUAAUAUAGAGAAGAAACACACUCUUAACCUCUCGCUGGAUGUUCAUCCUUACAUGCUAACCAUCCAGAAAGCGAAAACAGAAACGGUCAAUCCUGAGCCACCCCUUGUUGUUGAGCACUCUCUCAGUAAUGUGUAUAUUGAGGGUCCACAUACGGUUGUACAUGUCUCAUCUUCUCAUACUGAGAAGAAAGAGUCUACUCCACUGUCCACCACCACUGCCUUCUCCACAAUAUCAUAUAUGAAUGUUGGAACGCCCAGCAUGCCUCCUCCAGACUUCCCGAAGGUCGAAGAUCCUCUCAACCAGGGGACAGAGCCUGAGAGCCAGCCCGGGCCUUUUAGUCGAAACCCCUCACACUCGCUGCUGAGCAUCCAUCACACCUUGUAUGAGGACGAGGAGGAGCAAAACAGACGGGACAGACUAGCCAGACCGGGCGAGUUGAUUGCUGCUGGAGAGUGUUAAAGGAAAAUGCAGAUACACACCUGCACACACACUCACACACAAAUGCAAAAGCACUUAGAAUAUGAACUGAAGCACAAAGUAAUAUGCUGGUUUUUAGGGUUAUGUUAAUGAUUAUGCCAUUAAGGGUGGAGCUCAGAUAAUUUCAUUUUCAGAGAUGAAGAUUAUUGGGCAUUGGGGAAGCCAAUGUUUAACAUUUUAU